GCGACAUCAUGAACACACCUGACGCCGUCGCCCCACCGACGCCCAACGAGGGCGAAUCCAUCAAGCGCGUCAACUCAGAGCCCACCCUAGCCGUGUCGGAAGAGGAAAAAGUAAUUGACAUCACGGAAGGACCGAUCGCGUUUCGAAAGGCCCAUGUCCGCAACAACAACCCACCUGCCGUGUCGCCAGCAGUGCGCGCAACGAUUGAAGAAAAUGUGCGCAAUGUAUACAACCCGUUCAUUUCGUCCAUGCUGUCGCAAUCGUCAGACCAGUACGAAGGCCUGAGCAACGCCCAGCGAAUUGAGAACUUCCUCAACACGCCGGCAUACUCGGCGCGACGAAGCACCCAAACCAUCAGUGCGUCCGAAUUGACUCCGUUGACUGCCGCAAAAAGGGAAGCCCUGUCCAAGGAAACAACAUUGGGCCAAGCCUUCCUCGCUCUGCUCAAAUCGUUUGUCGGAACGGGUAUUUUGUUCCUUCCCCAGGGAUUCAAGAGCGGUGGCAUCGUGUUUUCCCCGUUAUUGCUCGCGAUUGUGGCGAUUUUGACCCUGUACGCCAUGUUUCGCUUGAUGGCGUGUCGUGAACUUUUGGGCGGGUCGUACAGUCACAUUGGCGAAGUGGCGUAUGGCAAAUGGGGCUCCCGAAUGGUCCAGAUUUCGAUCGUGCUCAUGCAAUUCGGAUUUUGCUGCUCGUACAUCAUCUUUGUCGCCCAAAACAUGAACCAAGUGUUGGCAUAUUUUGGCUCGAACGUGUCGGUGGGUGCAUUGAUCUUGCUUCAAACCCUUGUCUACGUGCCGCUGUCGUGGAUUCGCUACAUCAGUUACUUUUCGAUCAGCAACUUGAUUGCCGAUGUGUUUAUCUUGUAUGGCGUUGCAUACAUUUUGGGCACGUCGUUCACGUCGCUGGCCGUCCAAGGUGUCCAGCCCGUGCAAUAUUUCAACCCGCAAGACUACACGGUGUUCAUCGGGACUGCCGUGUUCACUUUUGAAGGCAUCGGGUUGGUGAUCCCCACGCAAGCGUCGCUGACGAAGGAUCGGCAAAAGCAAUUCCCGGCGCUCUUGGUCUGGACUGUCAUGGGCUUAUUGGCCUUCUACUGGAUGUUUGCAUCGGUCAACUACAUGGCGCUGGGCGACCCGAUCCAGCCCCUCGUGUUGGCGAGUCUCCCGCGCAACGGGUGGACCAUGAGCGUGCAAUGCGGUUGGUCGUUCGCUCAAUUGCUGUCGUACCCGCUGUUCCUCUUUCCUGCCGUCAAGAUCAUUGAAGACAUGCUGCAAUUGCCGCGCCGGUCGUCUGGACAAAAGGUGCAGAAGAACGUAGUGCGUGCGGUCAUUGUGGUCGUCACGAUCUUGGUUGCGUACUUUGGUCAAGAUCGCUUGGACUUGUUUGUGUCGAUCGUCGGCGCGUUUUGCUGCGUCCCGCUCAGCUUUGUGUAUCCGCCGUUGUUUUACCAGAAGAUUGUCAAGAACUCAUCGUUUGUGUACAAGGUGCUGGACUGGUCGGUUGUGUGCAUUGGCAUCGGCACAUUUGUCUUUGUCACGUACUCGAACAUCCAAAAGUGGGAAGCGCCGACGGCGGUGUAGAUAGACGAUGCUGCUGUCGUGAUCUUGUCGAAAAAUCACAUUGGUUGUUUUUUGGCACAUUUUGGUGCCUUUUUCAGCUUGACUUUUUUGACAAAAU